AAAGAGUGAAAAAAAGAAAAGAAAAAAAGAAAGAAAAAGAAAAAACAAAGGAGAAGAACAACACUCUUAGCAGAGAGAGAGAGAGAGAGAGAGAGAUCGAGCUAUACACAAAGCAGAAACAAAAAUUCAAUUCACAAAUUAGCAACAACAACAAAAAUCAAAACAAAACAAAAACACAUAGAGAGAAAAAAAAAGAAAUUAACGAAGCUUCGAAGAUUCGAAAUCAGCAAAGUGAGGUUCGUGAUUUCUAUGAAAAUUUCUGAACUUUGCUAAGUUCAAUCAAUUGAUCUCUUCGUUAUUCAAAGUUCGGAGCUUUUGGGAUUUCACGAAGCAAUGAGGGUUUUCAGAUUGGUGCAACUGUUGUGACGUUCGGUUCAAUUUCUUUACCGUAACCAUGGUGUUUCGGACCCUUUGGUUUGGUUUUUCAAACUUAGGGUUUUGAUUUGCCAUUAAAUUUCGUUGAAUUGGGAUUUUUUGCUUUGGGUUAGUGUGAUUUUUUUAGCGGUUUGAUUUCUAGGGUUUUGGUAUUGGGGGAAAUUGAGAUUUGGCUUUUGCAUUGUGUGGUUUUUUUGUGUUUGAAUUUUUGUGGGUAUGAGGGUAGUUUUAUUCAGGUUCAAAAUUGGUGAUUUUGGUUGGGUUACUGUUAUUAGAAUGGUUUGUGUAUGUUCUAUUAGUUUGUAUAUGCAGAGUUUGUGGCGGUUGAUUUGUUUUCAAUGAUGUAGGAGAGGGUAAGUUCUGAUAUUUUUGAAACACAAAUAACAAUAAGUGUAAUUGGCUAAAAUUGAAGUUACUGGUGAGUGGGUUGUUUUUUUGAUUUUGUUGGAAGGUGUAUGAGAAAUGCAACCCCAACAGAGCUCGAGAAUUGAUUUGGGAGAGUUAAAAGUACUGAUUGUAAAGAAGAUUGGAGCGGAGAAGUCAAAGCGGUACUUUUAUUACCUGAACAGGUUUUUGAGUCAGAAGUUGAGUAAGAAUGAGUUUGAUAAGUUAUGUUUUCGGGUACUUGGGAGGGAGAACCUUCCGUUACACAAUCAUUUUAUCAGGUCGAUUUUGAAGAAUGCCUCGCAAGCUAAGACCCCGCCAAUAGUCCAUCCAUCGGGUCCUUCGAAAUCAGGAGCACAUGUUACUAAUUUAUCUCCUGGUAGGGAAGAUGGGCAUGAGCAAAGUGUUGCUAACUUUCAAAAUCAUAAUGUUUCUGUUUGGUCAAAUGGGGUUUUGCCGGUGUCCCCACGUAAGUUAAGGUCUGGAAUGCGUGAUCGGAAGCUUAAAGACAGACCAAGCCCCCUUGGACCAAAUGGGAAAGUUGAUUCCGUUGCUCAUAAAUCCACGGCUACAGAAGACAGUGGCAGUAAGGAGAAUGGAACUCUUACUCCAUGUGAUUAUCAGCGACCAACUCAGCAUCUUCAAGCAGUUUCUGAACUACCUGAGAAUAAUAUGGGGGGUGGUAUGACUAUGCAGGGACUUGCAGAAAAACCAAGAAUACGUGGCAAAGGGCUGACUGAAAUAUCAACUGUGGAAGAUGGAGAGGAGGUGGAGCAAUUAAACCGCCUCAAUUUUGCCAGAAAUCCGCUGAUAGCACCACUUGGGAUUCCUUACUGCUCUGCAAGUGUGGGUGGGGCCCUCAAAGCAUUGCCGGUGAAUAGCACCGGUGAUUUUGGUAGUUGUUGUGACAGUGGUUGGUUAUCUGAUACAGAUACAUUAAGAAGGCGCAUGGAGCAGAUUGCAAUGGUACAGGGUCUUGGAGGUGUUUCUAUGGAAUGUACAAGUGUGUUGAAUAGUGUUUUGGAUGUAUACUUGAAACGGUUGAUCAAGUCUUGUGUUGAUUUAGUGGGGGCUAGGUCUGCAAAUGAGCCGACAAAGCUCCCAAUUUCACAGAAGCAGAUUCAGGGGAAGGUCAUUAAUGGCAUGUUGCCACAUAAUCAUUUACAUGUGCAGAGUGCUGGUAAGUUGGUAGAGUCUGAGCCUGAACACAGAUCCCAGUUGUCGGUAUCUUUACAUGAUUUUAAAGUAGCGAUGGAGCUAAAUCCACAGCAACUUGGAGAAGAUUGGCCACUGCACUUGGAGAAAAUUUCUAUGCAGUCUUUUGAAGAAUAACACAUCAAUUAAGAUUUUUUUACCUUUCAUAAGCAAAGAUUUGAUCUUUUUCUUCUGGUUCUGAUGGCUCACUGGUACUUGGUGAUUAUUGGUAUACUUGACUCUGAUCUUAUUAUCACGAUGAACCAGAUAACUCCAAAAUGGGGAAUUUCUAGCCGUCAAGGAUCAAAUGCUGGUUUUGAGCUUCCAAAUGUCUUAUCUUUGCUAUGCGGAGAUCUAGGAUGGAUCAGAUAUAUAUAUUUAACUGCAACCAAGGGUAUUAUCAAAUGAAGCCCAGGAUUGGUUGCACUGUUGUAUGUUUAGCAUUGAUGUUGGCUGUAUUGUUGCUAUUCCAAGAGAUCUCAAGGUUUUUGUUUGCAUUACAGCCAAUGAAGAGACUUAGAAAAAGUUUUGCAGUGAUACUAUUGUGUAGCUGGGAUCAAGGGACUGUGACAUGUAUAAGAGCUGAAGGGUUGCUCUGUAUGUAUUUUUAGAAUAUGAUGAUUAAUUGAAAUUUGAUAUUAAUAACACGUCAAGAUCUAUUGAAAUUUUCUUGAUGAUAUCAGUUUUAUGGUUGAGUUCCAUGGCCCCAAGUUAGACAAAUAUCUGAAGUAGUUUUUUAUUUUCAACUUUAUUCAUAAUGUAGAUCUGUAAGUUACAUUUCUCUUUCAGUUCAAAUAACUUUGGUGACAAUAAAUGAAUUUGUGAUCAUAUGUUAUACCAUUAAA